ACCCCAAGAUCUCUGACGAUUCAGCCGUCCACCAAUCUCGAGAAGUCAACCAAUCACCUACUACAGUAAUAGUAGUAUCCAUUAUCUCCCGUCAAACAUAUUCACAGUUAUAGGCAUUUGUAUUUCACCACAUCGCUUACAUCAUCAAAAGACCACUUCCCAACUUCCAUGAGAGAACCUUCCCCUUACCCCACACGCAUUUAGCUUAUUCCUCAAGAAUUCAGCUCUUGAUCUGAACUGGUCAAGCUUGAAUAUAAAGAAAUGUUUUUGCACAUAUAAUUCUCUUGAUCGUUGAUUGGUUUAUUUAGAAUACCCAGAUCGAGAAAUCGUUAAUAUAUGGCACUGCCAGUAUUGAAGCUUGGGACACUUGCAUUGAAAACACUGAGCAAACCCAUUGCCAGUAGGCUUAAGCAACAAGCUGGCUUGCAUCCCAAGUUCCGUAAUUUCAUCGUCAGCAUCGCCCAGGCAAACCACCGGGUGACAACAACAAUGCAAAGGCGGAUAUAUGGUCAUGCAACCAAUGUAGAAAUACGGCCUUUGGAUGAGGAGAAAGCUGUUCAAGCUGCUGUUGACCUUCUGGGGGAGGCUUUUGUCUUCUCGGUUGCAGUUGCUGCACUUUACUUUGAGGUGCAAAGAAGUUCUCGAUCAGAAGCUAAAAAGGAGGAAGUUCGCAGGCAAGAGAUGGAGCAAAUGCGGGAACGAGAUGAAGCAUUGGCAAGAGAAAUGGAGAGCCUAAAAAGCAAAAUUCAAGAGCUUGAACAGCUAGCUAGGGGACGAGGACUUGCUGGAAUGUUCAAUCUCAGACCUUCUCACGUUGAAGAAGGCAAAUCCCCAACACCAGCAUGAUCUAUUGCUGAAGUUUUGGCAGCAAAACGAUACAAUUGUUUUUCUCAUUCUUUGGAUCCAAGAAUCCUAUCUGGCAUUUGAAAAAGCAUAACAAAACCUAAGCUUCUAUCACUGAAAAUGAAGUUGAAUAGUGAAUGUGAUCAAUGUUGUAAGGUUAUGUAGUAAGAAUUGCAUGAAGCAGCUUGAAUUUUUGUUGACACCUUUGGAUUGUGCAAUUUCCUACUGAAUUUUACAUUUACCUAACACCACAGGCUUAGCUUAGGAGACUGCUGAUUAUAGGGUGCAAAAUUGUGAAAUAUUGGGAAUUUUGGAGAUUUUUUGUUCA